GCUGCCUCACACGCCUCUCUCUAUGUAGUCUACGUAGACUUCUACAGAAAGUUAGCUACGUAUAUACCAAGACAUGUUCAGUUAUUUAUCAGCGGGAAUAAUAGUUCAGUUUUUACAAUGUCAGUGCAGGACGCCCAGACGGAGAUGCUUGCAGCAACUCUUGAGGCAAUGGAUUCUGAUCCAUCUCCAGAACCGCAUUGCAACGUAGACGACAAUUUCCCCAUCGAAAUCGGGAACUUCUACACGUCUAAGGAGGCCGUAAUCAACGUCCUUUAUGAUUUCGCUUUUGCGCAUCGCUUUGGUUUCGCUAUGAGUUAUAGCAAGCCAACCCGGGCUAGGGCAGUGUGCAAAUCGUCUGAAGAACGUGGUGGCAAAAAAUGCCCGUGGGAGUGCACUUUUAGUGUCUGCCGUAUGGGGGGCUUUUGGUUGGUGAAGAAGUUAAGUCCUGCGAGUGUGCACACCUGUGACUGGCCGGACAGGGAACGCUACGUGAAAUCUAUGGUGAACAAAGUAAAAUUCCUCGAACGCUUGUACGGAGCACUUGUUAGAGGGGCGCCGUUUCUCGCUCCGCGUGAGUACAUCGACCAGAUCGUGGCAACUGGGGGGCCUUCUAUCAAGUAUCAACAAGCAUACAGAUUGAAGGAGAAGAUCGUUACUCAACGGUUUGGCAGUUGGAGAGACUCCUUCAGGUUCAUUCCUUCACUCCAGAGACGUUUGAAGCUUAUUGAUCCGGGUGCCACUGUCAGGCUGCAAACAUAUCAACAUCAAUUCAAACGUUUCUUUGUAGCCCCUUCCGCAACCAGAGAGUCUCUAAAGUGUUGCCGCCCGGUAGUUGCCCUUGAUGGAACGUUCUUGCUUUCUGCUCAACGUGCAACGCUCCUCAUCGCAACUUCAUUGGAUGGUAACAACAACAUCAUUGUUCUCGCCUUCGCACUGGUUGAAGGUGAGAAUUUUUGUAGCUGGAGGUGGUUUUUGGAGUGCUUCAAAAGCCACUUUCCUGACUGGUUAGGCGAGGAUGAUGCGUCUGUGAUUAGUGACAGGGACAAAGGUCUUGUUCCUGCUGUGAAGGAAGUCUUCCCCUCACUCCCGCACUACUUUUGUUCGUGGCACUUGGAGCAGAACUUGACAAGGUUCGGUCCAAAUGCUGUUGACCUAUUUAGAAAACUCCAAGACUGCAGGUCAGAAAAGAAGUGGGAGACCUAUGUGAAGGUGGCUAGAGAACGGUUUCCAAACUUCGCGGCGUACCUACUGGGUACACCGAGUGUUCACACCGACUUCCCACGCAACAGUCAGGGGACAAGACGUGUACGAAGGCGUGUGCCAACAACAGGCAGCCUGGGAUCAACCAGAAAUCAGCCAACUUCUCAUGAACCCUCGGAGCAAUCGCCACAGUCUGGGCGGCAGCACCAACAGUAUGCUGGCAAUGUUCGACAGCAGCCACGCCGACAGCAGGGUCGCCUCCAGCGGCGGGGCCAACAGCAGCGGCAGCAUGGGCAGCAGCAGCAACCGGGGCAGAGUGGGCAGCAGACUCGGCUGUCUGAGCAGCAGCAGCAGCAGCAGCAGCAGCAGCAGCAGCAGCAGCAGCAUCAGCACCAGGGCCAACAGCAGCAGGGACAGCAGCAGGAGCAAGGCCAGCAACAGCAGGGGCAGGGUUCACAUCAGUGGCACGGACAGCAGGAGCAGCAGAGUGGGCAGCAAGCAGGGCUAUUUUGGCAGCAGCAGCAACAACAGUUGCGACAGCAGCACCAGCAACAACAGGGUGGGCAGUGGGGAGGGCUGUUUGGGCAGCAGCGGCAGGGUCAGGGGCAGCAGGGCCAAGGUGGGCCGCAGCAGCAGCAGGGGCAGCAGCAGCAGGUCCCGGGUGGACAGCAGCAGCAUGGACAGCUGCAGCAGCAUGUCCAGCAGCAGCAGGGUCAGCGUACGCAGUGGCAGCAGGGACAGCAGCAACAUCAGCAGCGGGGUGGGCAGCAGGGAGGGCUGUUUGGGCAACAACAGCAGGGUCAGCGUAGGCAGCAGGGUGAGCAGCAGCAGCAGUGGGGUGGGCAACAGGGAGGACUGUUAAGCCAGCAGCAGCAUCAUGGUGGGCAGCAGGCAGGGUUGUUUGAGCAGCUGCAGCAGGGACGACAGCAGCAGCGCCAGGGUGGGCAGCAGCAGCAGGGUCAGGGCCAGCAGAACCAGGGCGGGCAGCAACAGCAGCAGGGUCAGGGGCAGCAGAACCAGGGUGGGCAGCAGCAGCAGCAGGGUCAGGGUCAGCAGAACCAGGGUGGGCAGCAGCAGCAGGGUCAGGGGCAGCAGAACCAGGGUGGGCAGCAGCAGCAGGGUCAGGGGCAGCAGAACCAGGGCGGGCAGCAGCAGCAGCAGGGUCAGCAGCAGCAGGGUCAGGGGCAGCAGAACCAGGGUGGGCAGCAGCAGCAGGGUCAGCAGCAGCAGGGUCAGGGGCAGCAGAACCAGGGCGGGCAGCAGCAGCAGCAGGGUCAGGGGCAGCAGAACCAGGGCGGGCAGCAGCAGCAGCAGGGUCAGCAGCAGCAGGGUCAGGGGCAGCAGAACCAGGGUGGGCAGCAGCAGCAGGGUCAGCAGCAGCAGGGUCAGGGGCAGCAGAACCAGGGUGGGCAGCAGCAGCAGGGUCAGCAGCAGCAGGGUCAGGGCCAGCAGAACCAGGGCGGGCAGCAACAGCAGCAGGGUCAGGGGCAGCAGAAUCAGGGUAGGCAGCGGCAGCAGCAUGGUCAGGGUCAGCAGAACCAGGGUGGGCAGCAGCAGCAGGGUCAGCAGCAGCAGGGUCAGGGGCAGCAGAACCAGGGUGGGCAGCAGCAGCAGGGUCAGCAGCAGCAGGGUCAGGGGCAGCAGAACCAGGGCGGGCAGCAGCAGCAGCAGGGUCAGCAGCAGCAGGGUCAGGGGCAGCAGAACCAGGGUGGGCAGCAGCAGCAGGGUCAGCAGCAGCAGGGUCAGGGGCAGCAGAACCAGGGCGGGCAGCAGCAGCAGCAGGGUCAGGGGCAGCAGAACCAGGGCGGGCAGCAGCAGCAGCAGGGUCAGCAGCAGCAGGGUCAGGGGCAGCAGAACCAGGGUGGGCAGCAGCAGCAGGGUCAGCAGCAGCAGGGUCAGGGGCAGCAGAACCAGGGUGGGCAGCAGCAGCAGGGUCAGCAGCAGCAGGGUCAGGGCCAGCAGAACCAGGGCGGGCAGCAACAGCAGCAGGGUCAGGGGCAGCAGAAUCAGGGUAGGCAGCGGCAGCAGCAUGGUCAGGGUCAGCAGAACCAGGGUGGGCAGCAGCAGCAGGGUCAGCAGCAGCAGGGUCAGGGGCAGCAGAACCAGGGUGGGCAGCAGCAGCAGGGUCAGCAGCAGCAGGGUCAGGGGCAGCAGAACCAGGGCGGGCAGCAGCAGCAGCAGGGUCAGCAGCAGCAGGGUCAGGGGCAGCAGAACCAGGGUGGGCAGCAGCAGCAGGGUCAGCAGCAGCAGGGUCAGGGGCAGCAGAACCAGGGCGGGCAGCAGCAGCAGCAGGGUCAGGGGCAGCAGAACCAGGGCGGGCAGCAGCAGCAGCAGGGUCAGCAGCAGCAGGGUCAGGGGCAGCAGAACCAGGGUGGGCAGCAGCAGCAGGGUCAGCAGCAGCAGGGUCAGGGGCAGCAGAACCAGGGUGGGCAGCAGCAGCAGGGUCAGCAGCAGCAGGGUCAGGGCCAGCAGAACCAGGGCGGGCAGCAACAGCAGCAGGGUCAGGGGCAGCAGAAUCAGGCAGCAGCAGGGUCAGCAGCAGCAGGGUCAGGGCAUUGAGAACAUCGACGGCCCUGACGGUGGUGCUCAGCCCGAGCCGCAUACGGAUGAGACAGAAUCUGGUAUCCGAGUACGCACUGGCAUGAGAUGGGCAAAAAAACGUACUCAUUACA